GACACUUUCCUCUCUUCUGCUCCCCGGCUUCUAUCUGACUCCUCCCUCCUGCAGCUCUGAAUAGUGCAGAGCGAGCCAACGAGCUUCUCCUUUUCUCCCCCCGCUGCUAUAGUUCCUUCUCAGCCGGCAGCGUGAGACCGAGAUUCUCCUUUCUUUCCACUACGGCACGUUUUCUGGUACCUGCUGGACGCGUCUGACUUGCAGAGCUAAACUUGAUCAAGAGGAUCCGGGACCCAUUCAAAAACAGAGAAAUCACGUUGCCUUAUUUUCUUGCAUCUUUUCCUCCCCGGCACUUAAUGCUCCUUUUUCAAACCAUGUGCUCUUUUUUCCUCUCUCUCAAGUGACAGCUUGGCUUGGCUUGCUUGACUGCAUCCUAAGCAGGUCUCCAGGAAAAAGGGUGCUGGACAAGGGAUCUAUCUAUGCAGUCCAAGAAACUUGGUGGAGAAGAUCAGAAAUUCACCGUGAAGCCAACAGUUUUUGUGUCCUCAGAUGACAACUCCCAGAAUUGGUGGGAAGGCAAAAUAACACCCCACCCAUCCCAAGAACCAUGUCGGUCACUCUGAGCAAUGUCUCGUCAAACGGGACGAGCCAUCACGGGAUUAUGGAUAUACCCAAAGGGCAGAAGCCUUUGAAUCUCUUCCUUUUCUGCUUGACUUUUGUCAUCACGUUCACCGCCCUCUUGGGCAGCAUCUAUUCGCUGGUGUCUCUGCUGAGGAUGCAGAGCAAAAGUACUGUAUCCAUGCUGGUGACUUCUUUGACGGUGGACGAUCUGAUCAGUGUGGCGCCAGCGACCAUCUUCAUGCUCAAGCAUUGGUUGGAUGAGAUGCUCCCCCAGACCUUGUGCACGGCUUCGGCGCUGCUGUACUUAUUCCAGGGCUUUUCCAGCAAUCUGAUGGGGUCUCUCAUAGUUUCUUAUAACUUCUACAGCCUUAGCAAGAUGGGAACUGGCCAAGGGGCCACCAAGAGGCCGGUCAGCAUGGUCUGGGCCGUUCUCACUAUCUGGAUGGUCAGCCUACUGAUCUGUAUUUUGCCUCUUUGCGGCUGGGGUAGCUAUGCCUCCACCCCUUGGGGGUGCCUGACAGACUGCACAAGCUCUUACAUCUUAUUUCUCUUUAUCGUCUACUCGCUGUGCUUCUGCCUCCUCCUUGUGCUCUCCAUCCCUUUAAUUUAUCAGCUGCUGUGUUCAGAUGAGCAGCAGCAUCUGUACGACGAUUAUCACCAAAUUGCCAGAGGCUAUUUCUCCCCUGGGUCACCUCCGACUGGCAGUCGUCACACCCCUUCCCUCUCUCCGAAAGACACUGUGAGCAAAACCUUGAAGCAUUUCCAAGGCGCUUGUCCAAAUGCUGACCUCAAAGUUAGGCAGAGCCCAGUGGACCAUUAUGGACUGGAUCGCUACGGCAUGCAAGAGGGGCCCUACAACAGCCGAACCCUCACUGUGGAAUUUGCUCAGAAGCGCUUUUCCCUGAUUCUGGCGCUGACCAAAGUCACACUUUGGCUCCCAAUGAUGAUUCAAAUGGUUGUUCAACACACUGUUGGGUUUCAAAGCCUCUCCUUUGAGAUAUUCAGCUUUCUGCUAACGCUGCUAGCCGUUACUGUCACCCCAGUAUUUGUCUUGUCAGAACACUGGAGUCACCUGCCUUGCGGCUGCAUCAUCAACUGCAGAAGGAAUGUCUACACUGUAUCCUCAGAGGAAGGCAAAACCAAAAGAAGAGGCUUUGAAUUCAAUCUGUCAUUCCAGCAAGGUUAUGGAAUCUAUAAGAUAUCUCAUGACAACCAUCACAGCGACGAUGGCAACUCUAUAUCAUACCACAGCUUGCUCAACUAUGACUGCGAGAAUAUAAGAGAGACUCAAAAGGACUGCAACAAAAUUGAGUUCAGCACCAUCUCCCUGGAGGACAGCUCCCUGCUUAAAGAGAGCACCAAGUGCAAAAAAACUGUUGGUACAGACACCAAACAAGACCUUAACAAGGAUAAGUUUAUGGAUUGCCUGCUUUCUGACAAAAUGGGAACGUAUAAAAAAGAAGAGGUGAGGAAUAUUGAGAAGUGUGCUUUCUUUGAAGAGAAGGAAAGAAGGCUUUCUCAUGAGGAGUGCCGAAAACCAGAACUCUCUGACUGGGAGUGGUGCAGAAGUAAGUCGGAAAGGACCCCACGACAGCGUUCAGGUGGCUCCUUAGCAAUUCCUUUGUGUGCAUUUCAAGGGACCGUAUCUCUCCAUGCGCCUACAGGAAAAACCCUCUCUUUAUCUACAUAUGAGGUAAGCACGGAGGGACAGAAAAUAACGCCCACAUCGAAGAAAAUUGAAGUGUAUCGCUCCAAGAGCGUGGGUCAUGAGCCAAACCCUGAGGAUUCUCCAACCACAUUUGCUGACACGAGCGUCAAGAUCCAUUUAGAAGUGCUUGAAAUUUGUGACAACGAAGAAGCUAUGGACACAGUGUCAAUCAUCAGCAACAUCAGCCAGUCAUCAACCCAAGUCCGGUCUCCAUCCUUGCGCUAUUCUCGGAAAGAGAACAGAUUUGUCUCGUGUGAUUUAGGGGAAACGGCUUCCUAUUCGCUCUUCAUACCGUCAAACAAUCCCAACAACGAUAUUAACAUAUCAAUCCCGGACACAGUGGAAGCCCACAGGCAGAAUAGUAAAAAGCAACACAUGGAGAAAGAAGGUUAUCAAGAGGAGAUACAAAUGUUAAACAAAGCAUACAGAAAAAGAGAAGAAAGCGGUGCCAACAACUAAAAUAAACAGUUUACUUCAGACCUGAAUAAUUUGGGUUUUCUGAGUCAAUACAUUCUGUUCUUUUUUUUCUUUUUUCUUUUUGCUUGGACAUGAAAUCAGAGUUAAGAAUAUUGCUGCGGCAAUGGAAAACGUCAGCACAUUUAAGAUAGAAAUCAAGAUAUAAUGCAGCAAGGGUCACAAUCCUGCAUAUCAUUUAAGGAGGAUUUAAGCAGGAUUUAAGCAGCCUAACUGCGUGCAGAAUUGUAGUUAAAGCUUUUAAAGCAGCUCUAAUGGGCUACCAGGGAAGGGAGGAGAUAAUCUUUUUUUCUAAAUUAAUACUUUAUUGCAUUUGUUUUGGUUUUCAGUAACGAGCUACCUACCUUUGGAAAUAUACAGGAUCUGCUUGAAGAGCUGCUUCCGACCAAAAUUUUUAAUCAUUUAUUUCAAAACUUUUUUAUUAUAAUAAAAUGUUUCAGAAUAAGCUCCUCCAGGGUUCUAAAUCCAGUGAUGCUGAAUGUUGGAAGAUUGAGGACAAACACAGCACAUAAACCAUGGAAUUCAGCAGUGAUGAUUGGGGAUGGGGAGAAAUUAAAUUUAGUAUGCAUUUAAGGCCAAAUCUAUCAGAUUUUCACUUUUCAGAACAAAAUGAGAACUGAAACACAGCCAUCCUUCAAAAUUCACAUUAAUUUGAAUUUUGCAGUGCAGUUCUCCCACCCAAGAAUGUCAACAAAAAUGCACAUAUUAAGAGGAAAAUGUGCAUAAAACAAUACAUUGGUGGAAAUAAUUUACAAAAUUGCAUUAUAAGAAAUUGUUUCCAAAAAUGUGUACAUUAGUCAAAACUGCACGCAAAAACAUGCUUAUUAUGAGAAAUUUGCACUGAAAUGCUGAAAAAAAUUCAUAAAGAUAUAUAUAUGGACCUGCAAACUGUAGCAGAAAUGUGAAGAGCUGAAUUUAAGACUGGGGAAAAUGAGAAAUUGAGAGAACCAAAACGGGCCAAUUUUUCCAUCCCUAGUGGUGAUCACCAAAUUGGAUAGCUUUAAAGGGGGAUUAGAAAAAAAAGACAAAUAAGGAUGCUAACCAUAAUGGCUGUGUACUACCUCCCGUGUUGGAGCAAGCAUGCUUCUGAAUCCCAGCUGCUGGGAAUCUCUAGCUGGAAGAGUGCUUUGCACUCAGGUGGGUUUCUCAUUGGCAUCUGGUUGGCCACUGUGAGAAUGGGAUGCUGGACUACAUGGGACUUUGGCCUGAUCCAGUAGGUCUCUCCUUAUGUUCUGUAGAAGUUCAAUGCCCAUUACAUGGAUGGCUGCAUAGUUGAGAAAUGAACGUGACAGGGUCCAUGGGCUUGUCCCAACUCUACCCUAUACCCAAUACUAAUCACACUGGGAAGGGGGUACACUUCUGAUGAUAGCUAUAGUAUAUGAUGUAAAGGAAGCAAAUUUAUACGUUCAGUUUAAGCUGUUUCAAAAAAACACAUAUAGAUUGUCCAGUUGUAAUGAAUGUUCAACUCUAGCAUGACAUCAAACUGUCAUUAAACCUGGGUAACCAAAAUUAGAAAGGAAGAUAAUCCCUGACUAAUCAUUACCAAAGAACAAAAGUCAGAAACAAUAUGAUGCAACAUACUGCUCAGUUUGUCAUUACUCACAAAUUAAAAUGGUAAAGAGCAUCAAACAUUUAAAACACACAUUUGCAAUCAUUUCAUUAACACGGUGAAUUUUAAAAUGUUUUCACAUUUUAGAUCAGUUACGAAACAUCUGCAUAUAUAAAUAACAACAAAUUACGUGAGGGUUUUUUUGCAUCAUUUGGUUUUUUUACUUCUAAACUGUUUAUUAAAAUUUAAGUAUUCACAUCUUGUAAAUAUGGAAACAUGUAUUUUGACAUAAUUGCUUUGUAUCGUAUUGCACAAGCUAUCCAAAAAGCUGAGACCCUGCGUUGCAACUUUUGGUUUUGAUAAUUCAAUACAAACACUGUCGCUUACCUGAAUCACAGACUGGGCUCUCCAGCGAUGACAAAUCCAACACCAUGCCAGUACUGCAAAACUCUUCUUAUGAGUUACAAUUUAUAUGAUCGCAGGCCAAAUAUAUGAAGUUGGAAAGUAAUGUAGCCUUAAAUAUUUUGUAGACAGGGAUGCCAAAUGAUUCUUCCUGUAGUUAUGGGCACACCAUGUUUCAGAUCUCGUAUGAGGAAGUCAAUUCUUCAUUGUACCUGUGCUGCAUUACUGUAGUCACAUACCAAUGGGAAACUGGUUAACUAAUAUUAGGCCCUGACUCAUAUAUGGGAAUAACUAGUAGAACAAGUCUUGAAAUUUACCAACUCUUAUUUAUUUCAUUUAAAGUUCAUUUAGAGUUGGAUUCCGUUCCAAGAUGGUGGCACGUUCAUACGCUGCAGCUCUGAGCUCCCAAUAUCUUAAGGUCCAUAUAUAGCAACACCCUAGAGGUCCCGGGCCCUGAGGAAGUUAGAUUAGCCAGGGCCUUUUCAACACUGGCUCCGGCCUGGUGGAAUGCUCCGUCUCAUGAGACCACGUCCCUACAGGAUCUGAUUUCUUUCCGCAGGGACUGUAAGACAGAGUUGUUCCACCUUGACUUUGGCUUAGAAUCAGUUGGAG